CCCAUCACCAAUGCAACAGAAAACUCUCCAUCUCCUUCUCCAUGUCCUCAUCCUCAUCAUCCUCCUCCUCUCCUUCCCCUUCAUUUACAUGCAAGACAUGCAAGACAUGCAAUUCCAUGACGUAACCCUCCAUCAACUCACCACCCCAUCUCCACCUUCUUCUUCUUCACCAUCUCCAUCUCCAUCUCCUCACUCCCUCCCUCUCAUUCCUCGCCACCACCUCCAUCCCACCACCACCACCAACCAUUCUCAUUCCCAAUAUUCCCUCAACUCUCUCCUCCUCCGCGACCAACUCCGCGUCUCCUCGCUAACUCAUCUCCUCUCCCCCUACUCCUCCUACCACCUUUCCGACUUCUCCUCCUCCAUAACCUCCGGCCUCGACCUCGGCUCCGGCGAAUACUUCAUCCGCAUCGGUGUCGGUUCCCCUCCUCGUCCUCAAUACCUCAUCCUUGACUCCGGCAGCGACGUUCUCUGGCUUCAAUGUCUUCCAUGCUCUCAAUGCUACUCCCAAUCCGACCCCAUUUACAACCCUUCUUUCUCUUCCUCCUUCUCCUCCAUCCCAUGCUCUUCCUCUCUUUGCUCUCUCCUCACUCCCAAUUCCGGCUGCACCCAUUCCGGCCACUGCCUCUACCAACUCUCCUACUCCGACGGCUCCUUCACCAAAGGCACUCUCGCCUUUGAAACCCUCACCUUCGGAUCCACCACCAUCACCAACGUUGCCAUCGGCUGCGGCCACCGCAACUCCGGCCUUUUCACUGGUGCUUCCGGCCUUCUCGGACUUGGCUCCGGUCCUAUUUCUUUCAUCUCCCAACUCGCCGGCCAACUCGGCGGCGCCUUCAGCUACUGUCUUCUCAGCCGCGGCGCUGACUCCUCCUCCACCGGCUCUCUCAUCUUCGGCCGUUCCUCCGCCGUCCCCGUCGGCGCCGUCUGGGUCCCUCUCCUCCGCAAUCCCCGCUUUCCCAGCUUUUACUACAUUGCCCUCGCUGGCCUCGCCGUCGGCGGCCAACCUUUGCCUUUGACGGGAGACCUCUUCCGUCUCACCGAAGACGGUGAUAACGGCGUCGUCAUCGACACUGGUACCGCCGUCACGCGGUUUCCGGCGCCGGCGUACGGUGUUCUCAGGGACGCGUUCGUGGCGAGCACUGCGGGGUUGCCACGUGCCGAAGGGGUGUCUAUAUUUGACACGUGUUAUAAUUUGUUUGGGUUUGAGAGUGUUAGGGUUCCGACGGUAGCGUUGUUGUUCGCCGGAGGGACGACGUUGACGCUUCCGGCGAGGAAUUUCUUGAUUCCGGUGGAUGAUAGUGGGAGGUUUUGUUUUGCAUUUGCUGCGUCAUCGAAUGGGUUGUCGAUCAUUGGGAAUAUACAACAAGAAGGGAUUCAAAUCUCUUUUGAUACUUCCAAUGGCUUUGUUGGCUUUGGUCCUAAUACUUGCUAAACUCUAAAACUUAUUAUU